GCGCCGCGUCCGUGUGUUUGUUACAUGGAUCUGGAUUAUUAUUACUGCACCCGGAGGUGAAGUAGCAUCAGCAUGUUGGAUUCCAGUCCGUCUGAGCUGCUGGCUGCUCUCUGUCACAGCAGUGGGGAAAGUUUGUUUCCUGUUUGGGAGAAUGGCCACGUCGGUAUCUGUUUUAAUGCUCUGCUUUUUGGAGCUCUGCCUAAUGCUGCUUUGGCUGUGGGCAGUGCUGCGUACCUCAGUGUCCACAGGAUCAGCAGUCUCCAGUCCUCUCCUCCGUGUGGCUGGACCCUUAGACUCCUCUCCUCUCUCCUCCUCUCUCUCCUCUUCAUUGCGGACCUCAUAGUAGUGUCCAUUCUACACCAACAAGACAUGUACCUCUCAAUCCUCACCAGUAGUUGUGGGCUUCUGGGCUGGACUAUUCACUCUGGGGCCAUUUUUGUUCUCCAAAAAUCAAUCCACAGAAGAGGAAGAGGGCCAGUGCUACUUUUUAUACUUGUGCUAUUGUCCAUUCCAAAUCUAGUUUUUAUAUUAUUGGACUUUGCUGACUCAGAUGACUAUUUAAACUUGGGCAAGCCCCUGAAAGUGACACAGCUAGCUUUAGCAUCUACCCGAGCUUUUGUUUUGCUACUUUAUCUUUUGGCCUAUUUGUUUCCAUGUAUAAGAAAUGCUGGAUAUACUUUAUAUGUGAAUACAGUGGAUGGAUCACCACUUAUUCCUGAUCAAGAAUUGGACACAGGUGAGAUGGUCGCAGAAGACGGCAGCACCUGUUUUUCUCGUGUUUUUUAUUUGUGGCUCAAUCCUUUGCUACUCAGAGGCAAAAAGGGGGAUUUAAACCGACCAGUCGAUGUAUACCACUUACCAUGGGGUCUCCGAACUAGUGUCAUCUCCCGUCAUUUUCAAAAAAGCUGGGACCACUGCAGAGGCCAGGCUGUUCUAAACCAGGAUAAUGACUGGCCACGUCCAGUCAGUAGCUCCCAUUCAACUGAAGACAAUGUAGAAUUGGAGGGAGAUGUUUUGCUCAUAAAAGUGUUGCACAAAGCAUUUGGAUUGAAAUAUUAUUCACUUGGAUUGUUGAAAGUGACUGUAAAUCUUUUGACAUUUUGUGCGCCACUUCUUCUAAGCAGUUUUGUGAAUUUUAUUGAGGAAAAAGAUUCUCCUGUCAGCACUGGGGCCUGGUGUGCUUUUGGACUCUUUGCCUCCACUCUAAUAACGUCACUACUCAGGAGUCUAUAUGUGUUUCAGAUCUCUAAAGUGUCCCUGUGUGCCCGGGCGGCUCUGGUCUCCUCAAUCUACAGUAAAGCUCUGCGUGUUUGUGGCAGUGGUCUCAGUGGCUUCACUCUAGGGGAAGUGGUGAACCUCAUGAGCACUGACACAGAUCGCGUCGUAAAUUUCUUCAACAGCUUCCACGAACUCUGGAGCCUUCCCUUCCGCUUCAGUGUCACCCUCUACCUCCUCUACCUGCAGGUGGGCUUGGCAUUCCUGGGUGGCCUCAUGGUGGCGCUGUUACUGGUGCCCUUCAAUAAGUUCUUGGCUACACAAAUCAUCAGGAACAAUAAAGAAAUGCUUAAACACAAGGACAGCAGAGUCAAGCUAAUGACAGAGAUCUUGUUUGGGAUCCGUGUGAUAAAGUUUUACCACUGGGAGCCUCACUUCACAGCACGAGUGUUUGAGAGCAGAGCAAAGGAGCUGUCUCACCUGAAGACUCUGAAGUACCUGGACGCUCUGUGUGUGUACACCUGGGCCGCACUGCCUGUGGUUAUCUCCAUCCUCACCUUUGUCACCUACACUCUGCUGGGGCAUGACCUCACUGCUGCUAAGGUGUUCACAACUUUAGCUCUAGUGGGGCAGCUGAUCAUCCCUCUGAAUGCCUUUGCGUGGGUUGUGAACGGGGUCCUGGAGGCAAAAGUGUCUUUGGACCGAAUCCAGAAAUUCUUCAAUCUCAAGAACCAGGACUUGCAGUCACACUAUGCUCUGGUUUGUCCUGAAGACGACCAAACCUGUGUUCUGUUGAACCAGGGAACCUUCUCAUGGCAGAGUCCAGACCAGAACCAGGACCAUGGAUCCGAGAGACCAGAGAGAGAGACCAAAGGCAGUCUAAUCCUCCAGGGACUCAACCUCCAUGUAACUAAGGGCUCACUGGUUGUUGUUGUGGGAAAAGUUGGCUGUGGAAAGAGUUCCUUGUUGGCUGCUCUCACUGGAGAACUAAACCGGUUGAGUGGGGUGGUUUUUGUCGCCGGUCAAGACCAUGGCUUUGGCCUGGCCUCGCAGGAGUCUUGGAUCCAGCAUGCUUCAGUCCGGGACAAUAUUCUGUUUGGGAAAGACUACGAUCCAGAGUUUUAUCAGAGGGUCAUUGAGGCCUGUGCUCUUAGUGAUGAUCUUACUGUUUUGCCGAACGGCGACAGGACAGCGGUGGGAGAGAAUGGAGUGACUCUGAGCGGAGGACAGAAAGCCCGACUCGCUUUGGCCCGAGCUGUUUACAUGGACAAACCAAUCUACCUCCUGGACGACCCACUGGCUGCUGUGGACACUGAUGUGGCAGAACACCUGAUGAAGAGGUGCAUCAUGGACCUGCUGAAGGAUAAGACCAGGAUCCUCUGCACUCACCGCAUUGAGUUUGUGGAUAAAGCUGAUGCAGUCAUCCUAAUGGAGGAUGGAAAAAUCAUAAAAACAGGGUCUCCAGCAGAAAUAAUUCCUUUGGUGGAGGUUGCACCAAAGACACGGAAAAAUAAAGACAACAAGAAUGAAAAUGAUGAUGGAGAUACGGAGGAGGAGGGCUCCCUGUCACCCCUUUCUGUACCCACAGAUAGUGAUUCAUGUGGGGAAGAGCAGAAGGCAGUCGGGGGCCUGGCCUGGAGUGUGUACCAGUCAUACUGGAAGUCUGUGGGAACAACACUGGCCUUCUCCGUGCUUCUGUCUCUGCUUCUUAUGCAAGCCUCCAAAAACUUGUCCGACUGGUGGUUGUCCUACUGGAUCUCACAGCUCAGAAACAAUGGUUCCCACAGAUUUGAUGGUUCCUCUUCUGAGGUCCCCAUCUCUCCUCACCUGCUGCUCUUUUCCCAACACCAACUUGUGUCUCCUCUGUCACCAAUUCACUCUCUGAAUAACCUUAGCUCAGAUGUGAAAUUUUACCUGACGGUUUAUGGGGGAAUUGCUGUGGGUAACACUGUCUUCACUGCACUGAGAGCGUUUCUGUUUGCCUACGGAGCCAUCUGCGCCGCGACCACCAUCCACAACAGGCUCCUAGACAGAGUGCUAAAGGCCACUGUGAGUUUCUUCGACACCACUCCUCUUGGUCGUAUUUUGAACCGCUUCUCCUCAGACAUCUACAGUAUCGACGACAGCCUUCCCUUUGUCCUCAACAUCCUUCUGGCCAAUGUGUUUGGGCUGCUGGGUAUCCUGGUGAUUAUGAGCUACGGGCUGCCCUGGAUCCUAGUGCCGCUGGUUCCUCUGGCUCUGGGCUACUACAGAAUACAGUCCUUUUAUAGACACACGUCACGAGAGCUCAAACGCCUCUGCAGCCUUACACUCUCCCCCCUUUACUCGCACUUCUCUGAAACGAUCACUGGACUGGCAACAAUAAGGGCAACUCGCAGCGCAGCCAGGUUUCAGGAGGAGAAUACAAAGCGUCUGGAGCAGAACCAGCGCUGUUUGUUUGUUUCCAACGCGGCAAUGCAGUGGCUCUACGUCCGACUACAGCUCAUCGGGGUUGCUGUCGUGACAGGGCUUGCGGUCAUUGCUUUGGUGCAACAUCAGCUCAAGUCGGUUGACCCUGGUUUGGUGGGGCUGUCCCUGUCCUAUGCCCUCUCUAUCACACUGCUCUUAGCUGACCUCAUCUCAACAUUCACUCAGACUGAGAUGCAGUUGGUGAGUGUGGAACGAACGGAGGAGUACUGCACAGACCUGCCCACAGAGCCCCAGGACCUCACCUCUGACCUGCCUUCCAGUUGGCCUGAGCAGGGCUGGGUGGAGUUUCGGUCAGCGGUGUUAUGUUACAGGGAAGGGCUGCCCAAUGCUCUGGAGGGGGUCAGUCUGGUGGUACGACCCGGGGAGAAGGUUGGCAUCGUUGGCAGAACAGGGUCAGGCAAGUCCUCUCUGUUCCUGGCUCUGUUUCGGAUGGUGGAACUGGCCGAGGGACAAAUACUACUGGAUGGACUGGACAUCAGCACUGUCGGGCUGCCUCAGCUCAGGUCGAGGCUGGCUAUUAUCCCUCAAGACCCGUUCCUGUUCAGUGGGUCUGUGAGGCAAAACCUGGACCCCUGUGAGAGGCACUCAGAGCAGCAGCUACAUGAUGUCCUGGAGCAGUGCCACCUCAGCAGCGCUGUGCACAGGAUAGGAGGUCUGGAUGCAGAGGUGGGAGAGAGAGGGAAGUCCUUCUCAGUGGGACAGAGGCAGCUUCUGUGUUUGGCCAGAGCUCUUCUUACUAAGGCCAAGGUGCUCUGCAUAGAUGAAGCUACAGCCAGUGUGGACCAGAAAACUGACAAACUUCUGCAGAAGACGAUUAGAGAGACUUUCAGAGACAAAACGGUGCUCACCAUCGCUCACAGGAUAAACACUAUUUUGGACUGUGACCGUGUGCUGGUGAUGGGCGGUGGGCAGGUGCAGGAGUUUGAUUCCCCUGAAGUUCUUUGUCAAAACGAAAGCUCAAUGUUCCAUAGACUGGUUAUGGGAGGAGCCGCUCAGGGAGAGGACUAAAAUCUGAAUGUAUUUUUACUUUUUAUUUGAAGAAUUGACAAAAAAUAAGGGAAAACUGUGAAGAAACUACACAAUUUUUUGCACUUUUUUGAGUAUGGCCACUGUUUACUUUUAAAUGUUACAAGCUAAUUCUGAGUUUUGCUAGCCUGAAAUUACAUGUUUUCAACACAGUAAUCACUGUAUUUUUCGUCCUCUGUUCAUGACUAAUUACUAUAAAUGCUUACAAAAUACAAGUGAAAUCACAACCUAAAUAUCUGUGCAUCAGCAGUAUGUUUUCUAAUUUUAAUGUCAAGCCCUGGUUACGUGUAUUUUGAAAUUUUGAAAUUUUUGAUGACAUUUUAAUGGAAUGUAGAAAACGAGGGUCACAAACAUAGUGACAGAAAUAUGAUAUAAUAAUCGCCUUAAAUGUCCUAAAGAAGUUUUAUCUUGUUUAAUUGUGAAGUAGAACAGGCACAGAAUAUCAGACAAAAAAAUGAUGGACCUUUGUGAAUUGUUUAAGGAGUGGAAAGCACUAAAUAAGUAUUUGUUUUAUCUACCUGUUUUAAAACUAAAUGAAGGUGAAAUAAAGUGUUUUGAUAAAUGACACAAUAAUACCAGUAAUGUCAAUACCAGUAUGUCUACACUUAUUACUGUACAUUAUACAAACCGCACCUUAUUUUUCUCGGCCGUCUCUGUUCGGUUUAUUUUUAGAAAUAAAUUUUUAUACUUUUUGUUACAGCUUUUUUUCUGCCAAAUUAUUUUGUAAAAUCUUGUCACUGCAAUCAAUAGGGCUUGAUCCUUUUUGAAG